AUGCACGGGCUAGGUUUGCGUCUUAUGGAAAUCUUUGGUUGCAGAUCUGAGGAAAACACGUAUAAUAUCAUCCCCUCUGCGGCAACGAUGCUUUUCCACGGACUCCCUGGAGGCGACAUGCACGAUGUUGUGGAAGAAAUGGAGCGGAGAGGAAAGAGCGAAUCCGCAGCUAUCAGUUCGGCUAUAGACAUGGGAGAAUCUGAAACGAACAUGCAGUGCAUGAACAGUGACAGGGUGGCUCUGUGCGCGGGCUGCGGCGGGAAGAUUGCUGACCGCUACUACCUGCUCGCGGUAGACAAACAAUGGCACAUGCGCUGUCUCAAAUGCUGCGAGUGUAAACUCAACCUGGAGUCCGAGCUCACCUGCUUCAGUAAAGACGGAAGCAUCUACUGCAAGGAAGAUUAUUACAGAAGGUUUUCGGUCCAGAGAUGUGCCCGGUGCCACCUCGGGAUCUCGGCUUCAGAGAUGGUGAUGCGGGCCAGGGACUUGGUGUACCACUUGAACUGUUUCACCUGCACAUCCUGCAACAAGAUGCUAACGACUGGGGACCACUUUGGCAUGAAAGACAGUCUGGUGUACUGUCGGCUGCACUUUGAAAAUCUCAUACAGGGGGAAUAUCAGACACAUUUCAAUCAUGCGGAUGUAGCCUCUCACAAAGGACUGGGACCUGCCAACGCUUUGGGACUAUCCUACUUCAACGGCGUGGGGACUGUGCAGAAAGGGCGGCCCAGGAAAAGGAAAAGUCCCGGGCCAGGAGCAGAUUUAGCAGCCUACAAUGCCGCACUCAGCUGUAAUGAGAACGACGGCGACUCUAUGGACAGGGACUCUUACAGCUCCAGUCAGAAGACCAAGCGCAUGCGGACCUCCUUCAAACAUCACCAGCUGAGGACCAUGAAGUCCUACUUUGCCAUCAACCACAACCCAGAUGCCAAGGACCUGAAGCAGCUAGCCCAGAAGACUGGCCUCACCAAGCGUGUACUACAGGUCUGGUUCCAGAAUGCUCGAGCCAAGUUCCGGCGGAACCUGAUGAGACAGGAGAACACGGGCGUGGACAAGACCUCAGACGGCUCCACCCUGCAGGGGGGCACACCCUCUGGCCCCGCCUCAGAGGCCUCAAUGAGCCCCUCCAGCACACCCACGACCCUGACGGACCUGACCAACCCCACCAUGCCCACCGUCACCUCCGUGUUAACCUCUGUGUCUGGCAGCAUGGAUGUUCACGAGUGCAGGAGCCCAUCGCAGACCACCCUGACCAGCCUGUUCUGA